AUGCGGCUGCUCCCCACGAGGCGACUCUGCACUGCCUCCGUCCGCGUGGCCGACGUGACUGUCAAGGUCUCGGCUGCCAAGACGCCACACCUCGUGCCGCACGCCUUUGCUGCAGCCGGCUCUCCCGCACCUCCGCAGCACCUCCGGUGGAUGGCGCAGAAGGAGGCGCUCGGGCAGGACGUGUUGCUCAUCGGGCCUCCGGGUGGCCAGAAGCGGCAGCUGGCACUGCGCUGGGCGGAGGUUGCGGGCCGCGAGGUGGAGAGCCUCGCGCUCUCGUCCGACACCACCGAGGCCGACCUCAAGCAGCGGCGGCAGGUGCUGGACGGCAACGUCUACUAUGUAGACGCGGCGCCCGUUCGGGCCGCCAUUGCCGGGAGGCUGCUGCUGCUCGACGGCGUCGAAAAGGCGGAGCGCAACGUGCUGCCCACGCUCAACAACCUGCUCGAGAACCGGGAGAUGGGCCUCCCCGACGGUCGCUUCCUCAUGUCGCCAGCGCGCUUCGACGCGCUCCUCGCGAGCGGCGACCACACGCACGCCUCUCUCGCCGCUCGAGGCUACGUGCGCGUCCACCACGACUUUCGCGUCAUCGCCACCGGGCUGCCCGUCCCUGCCUUUGCCGGCUUCCCGCUCGACCCGCCGCUGCGCUCUCGCUUCCAAGGCCUCUUCUGCGGAGUGCCGCCGCCCGCGCUGCAGCUCGCCUCGGUGCGCGCGCUGCUCUCGUCGAGCCGCGAGGCGGCGCCGCGGGGUGCGGCGCAGAGCCUUGUGAGCUGGGCAGAGGCGGUGCGGGCGGCGGCGAGAGGGAGCGGUGGCGGGCAGGCGGAAGGAAGGCUCCUCCACCUCAGCGACUGCUCCUUGCGGCGGGCGGCCAGAGUCCUCGCUUCCUUCCCGGCGCACUAUGACUGCGGCGGCGGCGACGCACUGCCACCCCUCCUCCACCGCAGCUUUCCACACCGGCUGAUGGGGCUCGAGGCGCCGGAGGCGGCGGGCGUGGCGGCGGCGUUCGAGGCUGCCGGCAUGCCGCCGCCAUCCCAGUUGCAGGGCCAAAGGCGGCCUGCCAGUGUCGUGGAGCCGGACGGCGCGGUCGUCGAGGGCGUCAUCGCGGGGCAGGGCGUCACGGCGAGGGUCAGGCUCGGGUGCACGCGCGGCGUCGAGGUCCCUGUCGGUGCUCUGCACGGCACGGCGAGCGGCGGGGCGGUCGGCGGCGGCGAGGCGUGGGUGGAGACGCCGGCGCUGCGCGCUUGCCUGCUUGCGAUGGCGGAGGACCACGCCAGCGGGGCGCACCUCUGCCUCGUUGGCGCCGCCGGGGGAGGGAAGAGCGCUUUGGCGCACCGGUUCGGCGCGGCGUUCGGCUACCGCGUGCGGACGGUGCCGCUGUACCGCGACCUCACCUCGCACGACCUGCUGCAGCGGAGAACCCUCGACACGGCGGGCAACACCGGCUGGCGCGACUCGCCGCUCGUCGAGGCGGCGCUCGCGGGCGACCUCUGCGUCCUCGACGGCAUCCACCGGCUGCGACCCGACGGGCUCGCCUCGCUGCACCAGCUGCUGCUCGACGGCGAGGCGACGCUGCACGACGGCACUCGCCUCCUUCGCGCCGGCCACUUCGACGCGCUGCGGGAGCGGCUCGGCCUCACCGCGCAGCAGCUCGCCGACAGCUGCUCGGUCCGCCGAGUCCACCCAUCCUUCCGCGUCGUCGCGCUCGCCCAGCCUCCGAGCCCGACCGACCGCUGGCUCUCGUCGGACUUGCUCCCUCUCUUCGCGUGGCACGAGCUCCCGCCGAUCGGCGAGGGCGAGAUGGCCGACUGGCUCGCCGCGCUGUGCCCGGCGCUGCAACCGGCGGCGCGGGAGGCUCUGCUCUGCAUCGCUGACGCCCUCGACACGUCCGUUCCCGGCGGGGACGCCCUCGACUCAUAUUCUGGCGCUCCCCCGGUGCAGCACGGUGUGCGCCGGUCUCUCUGCGCCGGACUGAUGAGCCCCGCCCUGAUCGCGGACUUUGAGGCGCGCGUGGCGCGGGCGCUGCAGCCGGUGGUCGCGGCGUUGGGCAUUGAGGAGCAGUGCGCGGCGGUGGCGGCGCUCGAUGCGGCGAGAGAGGUGCGCGUCUGCGAGCUUAGCGGCGACGGCGGCAAGCGCAGCAUCGCGAUCGGGCGGGCGAGGCUGCCGCUUCCCGACUCCGUCUCUCAGCCCGAGCUGGUGCCGGACCCCGCCUUUCACGACAACCCGACGCACCUCCGCCUCCUCGAGGACCUCGCCGCCGACCUCGUCGCCGGCGAGCGCGCGGUGCUGCUCAUCGGCAACCAAGGGACGGGCAAGAACAAGCUCGCCGACCGGCUGCUGCAACUGCUGCGGCUCGAGCGCCAGUACAUGCAGCUGCACCGCGACUCGACCGUCCAGUCCCUCACCGUCGAGGCGGAGCUCGUCGGCGGCGCCGUCGAGUGGCGGGACAGCCCCCUGGUGCUCGCGCUGCGGCACGGCCACGUGCUGAUGCUGGAUGAGGCUGACAAAGCGCCGCUCGAGGUGGUGGCCGUGCUCAAGUCGCUGCUCGCGGAUGGCCAAAUGCUGCUCUCAGAUGGGCGGCGCGUCCUCUCGCCCGAGGCGGCGGCCGCCGAGGGGAGCUUGCUGAGGGAGGAGGACGUGAUCAUCCACGACCGGUUCCGCGUCCUCACCCUCGCCAACCGGCCCGGCUUCCCCUUCCUCGGCAACGACUUCUUCAGAGAGUGCGGCACCGUCUUCGCGGCGCACGUGGUGGACAACCCGGACGCCGCGUCGCAACUCGAGCUGAUGGCGCCCUUCGGCACCAGCGUGCCGCCCCACGUCCACCGGCGUAUCGUCGGCGCCUUUGACGAGCUCCGCUGCCUCGUGCGCGACGGGCUCUUGGCGUACCCCUUCUCGGUGCGGGAACAGGUGUCCGUCAUCAAACAUCUGCAAGCCUUCCCGCAGGACUCGGUCGGGCAGGCGCUGGGCAACGUCGCCAGUUUCGACGCGAUGGACCCCCCGGUGGACGGACGUCGCGACUCGGCGGCGCCGCUGGCGUGUGAGGUGACGUCGCACGAGCUCAAGGCCCGGAACGUGAGCUACCAGUUCGCGCCGUCGGACCAGCGUGUGCGCCCCCUCGGCAGCGCCGUGGAGGCGGUCGAGGGCCGCGCCGGAGCAGCCUUCUCGGAGGAGGUGCGCGAGCUCCAGCUCUUGGGGGGCGAGGAGGAGGGUGCGCCGCAUUGCGUCGCGUGCCUCGCGCGAGGAGGCGCCAUCCACGUCCUCGCCUCUGGGCCGGCGGCGCUCCACUCGCUGCCCGCCUCCGUGGCGCGCGAGCGGCGCGCGGCAGACGGAGGUGAGUCCGUCUCGACGCUGGAGCUGGCGAGCAAGACGGGCAGCCUCGACGUCAUGCUCGCCGAGGGCGUCGAGGCGGACGAGGCCUUGCUCCACCCUGCCGGCAGCGGCGCGAUCUAUCGCCUGCGGCCGCCCAACCGCGCCGACGACACGCACGGCGCCGCCAUCGGCGCCGCCUCCUUUGUCGAGCUCCCCGAGAGCUUCCACGGCGGAGCGGUGCACCCGGUGCCGUGGACCGGCGCCCUCCUCCGCCGACAGCGCGGCCGCCGUCCGCACGCGCUGCUCGCCGCGGGCGCUGAUACCGCGGCGGGCUGCCUGCUGGCGAUGCGCCGCGGCGAGGCUUCGGUGCUCGCGGUGCGCCUCGCGCGGUGGGGCGAGCAGGGCGGGGCUGCUGCGGGCACCGCUUACUCGAUCGCUCUGCCGGCAGAGCUGGCGCAGCGCGGAGCGGUCGUCGCGGGGGGGCGCGUCCUCGGCCCGUGUGGUGAGGUGGGAGGCCCCGCCGGCCUGCUGCUCCAGCUGCGGCUCAUGGGCAGCGCGGAGGAGGGCGCGGCGAGCGGCGCGCACAGCACGGCGCACCUCUGCGCGCUGCAGCUCGCCGGUUGUAUCGACGCGACGCCCCGUGCGUGGCUCUUUGAGCUCGACCCAGCCUCUCCUCUCGCCUCUGACGCCGAGGCGGACUGCCACAUCGCCGCCGCCGUGCCGCUUCCGGGCGGCGAGGAGAGCGCCGCGAUUGUCUGCCCGAGGCCAGGCAAGGACGCGCUCCUCUCGGUCCAGCAGCUGCCGCGGGUCACCUUCUCGUCGAGCGGCGCGCCUCCCACUCUCGCCCUCCGCGGUGGCUGGCGCUGGGAAGACGCCGACGCGCGGGCGGCGCAACAGCAGGUGCUCUACGAGAAAGCGAUAGACCGGUCCGCGCCGAGCUUGCGUCAAGCGGCAGGCGAGGCCACCGCGACGGCGUGGCUGCGCCACUCCCAGACGUCGGCUUGCGCCAUGCGCGACGCGGCCGGCGGCGUCUGGGUCGAGCUCUGCGAUUUGCUCUCGGGGCGUGCCCGCCGGGUGGAGCUCCGGCCGAGGAGUGGUGACAGCGAUCCAGCCCGCGCCGCACGGGUCGUGUCGAUGACGGAGCUGGAGGACGGCGAGCUGCUGGUGCUGCAGGCGAGCGGGGCGAUGCGCGUCUUGCAGGUCCGCGCUGAGAGCGUCGACGAGUCGCUCGCGGCGUGGGUGGAGACGCACGGCAGCGUGGAGGAGGUCGGCGGUGAGGGCGGCGACUGGCGGGAGGCUGCGCUGUACGAGCGAUUGCGCGAGGCGAACGCGCCUCUCGUCCAGCAGCUCCGCGUCAUCUUGCAGAGCGCCGAGGCGCGCGAGACGGAGCGGGCGUGGCUGAAGCUCAAGGCGAAUGGCGAGCUCGACGAGACGCGGCUGGUCGACGCGGCGGUGGGGGAGAGGCAGGUCUUCAAGAAGCGAGGCGCACCGCCGCAGCGGCACGGCACGCACCAGGCCAAGCCCAAGCACCUCACGUUCCUGCUCGACGCCUCCGCCUCGAUGGCGCGCGGCGACGCGCUGGACGGGAGGCUUCACCGCAUGGCGUCGACCGCGGCGCUGCUCAUCGAGGCGCUGCACGGCUUCGAGCACAAGUUCGUCUACAACAUGAGCAUGCACAGCGGGGGCACCGCCGACGCGCCGCUCCUGGAGGCGGGGAGGCCGCCUGCGGAGGAGGGGGAGCGCGCGCGUGUCGUCGGCGCGCUCUUCGCGCAUGCGUGGUCUGCGCCCUCGGGCGACAACUCGCUGCAGGCGGUGCGCCGCGCCGUCGAGGCGGCCGGCCGGGCGGACGCGGACGAGCGCAUCGUUGUCCUGCUCUCCGACGCGAACCUCGGCCGGUACGACGUGAGCCCGGAGGAGAUUGGCGAGGCGCUGCGUAGCAACCCACACGUGCGCGCGUACUGCGUCUUCGUGGCCGAGCCCGCAGCCGCCGAGUGGCUCGCCGAGCAGUUGCCGCUCGGGCAGGGCUUUGCGGUGCAGGACGUGGCGAAGCUGCCCCGUGUCAUGAAGGAGGUGUUCGCGCAUGCGGCGACCGCGGGUCCUUGA